AUGGCGACCGCACAGGUUCCGCGCAACUUUAAGCUCCUCGACGAGCUGGAGAAGGGCGAGAAGGGCUUGCAUGGAGGCGUUUGUUCGUACGGCCUGGAGGAUCCCGAGGACAUUCUCAUGACCAACUGGAGAGGCACCAUCUGGGGCCCACCACACGGCAAUCACGCAAACCGGAUCUACGAACUCAAGAUGCAAUGCGGCGAGCACUACCCGCAGAAGCCGCCCGUGAUCCACUUUGUGACCAAGAUCAACCUACCCGGCGUGGACGGCGUCAACGGCCUGGUGGACAAGAACUCGUUUGACAUUCUGCGCGAUUGGGAAACGAGUCCAAAGGAGCUGCUCAGCCUGGAGGCGGCCAUGAUGGCGAUACGGAAAUGCAUGGAGAAGAACAAUAAGCUGGCACAGCCCGAGGAGAACGUCCGCUACGACAUCUACAAAGACUUGAUCUAA